AUGAAGGUUCUACCGAUACUCUCCUUAUUCGCACUCUUGUGCAAUGCUGAAUAUGAUGAUGUCGAUAUCAUCAAAAACUGGAUCUCCUUUAAAGACAACUACUCCAAGACCUAUGGAUCGCCUUUAGAGGAGAUAAAACAGUUCCGCAAGCUACGAUUUGUGUUUAAACAAUUAAUAGAAACAAUUAAUUUGCAGACGGGGUCUUUGGAAGGGCAGCAAUUCCGGAAGACGGGAAAUCUGGUGUUGCUGAGCGAACAGAAUUUGAUCGACUGCUCUGGCUGGCUGGGCAACUUCGGCUGCGGCGGAGGCGAGACGGACCUGGCCUUCCAGUACGCCAUCUCCGAUGGAAUCGACACCGAGGAAUCGUACCCUUACCAGGGGAUCAACGGCACGUGCCGCUACAACGCGAGCCAAGUCGGCGCCACCGCCGCCGGAUUCAUGGACAUCGGACGCGGCGACGAGGAUGACCUGCAGGCGGCUGUCGCCACUAUGGGUCCUGUCUCUGUGGUCAUCAACGCCAAGGACAGCUUUAGGUUCUACGCAGAAGGAGUUUAUUACGAGCCCGAGUGCAGCUCUAAAGACGAAGACUUGAACCACGCAUUGCUGGUGAUCGGCUACGGCACCGAUGAUAAGACCGGCAUGGACUACUGGCUGGUCAAAAACUCUUGGGGCACCGACUGGGGGGACGAGGGCUACGCCAAAAUGGCACGCAACAAAGACAACAACUGCGGAAUCGCCACAAUGGCCCGUUUUCCACUGGUGUGGUAAAUUAUGGGAGCUCCG